AUGUUUGAAAAAACAAAUCGAAUGACUGACUGGCAGGGCCUGAAACAAAAUGAAGGCUUGUUUAUAACACAAGAAAUACAUUUUCAUGGUACUGAUGGAUGGAAGAAGAAAAAGAAGCAAAUUUAUGCAAAGAUGAAAGCAGUUGGACGAAUGAAUUGGGCGCUAAGUAAGACAAGAGCGCUUGUGAGUUUAUUUGAUGAAGAUAUUGUCUUCGAAUUUCAUUGA